ACCUUUAAGCCAUGACGUGCAGAAUAUGACCUUUGUGAGACUGUACAAGAAGAAAGCAGAUGCCGGAACGUCACCUGCGCGUCUGGAUAAAACGCGAGCGGCAAUGCGCGGCGAAUGCGUAAAAGCGCACGAUGCCAAAUGCGAGGACUGCGGUUUCGCCACGCAUAACGUGAUUUCGGCAAUGUGAGCGGUGCUGGAUUAAGAUGUUAUUAGGUGAUGAAAAUCGCCCUCCUUUGUUCGAGCAGAUGCAGGUCUGACGUGUUCCAGGGGGAUUUUCAGUCGCGGUUCAAACCCGGUGGCGUGUCGAUCUGAAUCUCGCUCCUUCUGUCUCUUUCAAUGCUGCUAUGACUUCCUGCAUGCGUCAAUACUGUGAGCUGACUCCUCUUCGCAUGCUGCUGCUCAUCUCCGCGCUGCUCCUGUUCGUGAGAUCUGAUUCGGUGGAUAACCGUUGCUCAUCCACUCUCAUCUCCACAUGUGAGGACUGUCUGAAACGCGGCCCUGAAUGCGCCUGGUGCUCUCAAGAGAGGUUUCUGGACGGGGCGCAUGUAAGCCAGAGGUGUGGAUCUGUUUCCGACCUGCGAGUCAGGGGUUGUGAGGAGGACUUUAUUGAGAACCCAAAUGUGAAAGUGGAGGUGAACGCCACCAUCAGCAGCUCACAGGUGGCACCCAGAGAGAUUACCAUCCACCUACGACCAGGGAGCGAGGCAAGCUUUGUGAUCGAGGUACAGCAGUUGGAACGUUACCCAGUGGAUCUGUACUAUCUAGUGGACGUCUCGGCCUCCAUGCAGGAUAACUUGGACCGAUUGAAAACUGUGGGUCUGUCUCUGUCUCACCAAAUGAAAGAACAUUCCAGCGAUUUCAGGGUCGGUUUUGGGUCUUUUGUGGAUAAACCGGUGUCUCCAUACAUCGAUGUGCACCCCUCCAAACUUGUGAAUCCUUGCAGUGAUUAUGAGGUGCACUGCAGGCCUGCUCAUGGUUUCAUCCAUGUCCUCCCUAUCACGGAGAACAUGACCGAGUUCACACGUGUCAUUCAGGAGCAGAGGAUCUCUGGGAACAUGGACACACCUGAAGGGGGAUUCGAUGCCUUGCUGCAGGCGACUGUUUGCAAGAAGGACAUUGGAUGGCGACCAGAAGCCAAGCACCUGCUAUUGGUUAUGACAGACCAGCCUUCUCAUCUGGCUUUGGACAGUAAACUGGCUGGUAUUGUGGUACCUCAUGAUGGGCGCUGCCACCUAGAGGACAAUAUCUACUCACAAACAACUACCAUGGAACAUCCAACGAUCGGUCAGCUGGCAGAGAAACUUCUAGAGAACAAUGUAUAUUCCAUCUUUGCCGUGGACCAGGUGCAAUUUCAGUGGUAUGAGGAUCUGUUGUACUUGAUUCCAGGAAGCUAUGUGGGUCGACUGUUCCCCAAAGCAUCUAAUCUUAAAGAUUUAGUGGUGCAUGCCUACAAGAAGCUGCUAUCUGAUGUGGAAUUGCAGAUCGGGGUGGAGGACAGCCAAGCUCACCGGUUCCGGGUGAACGUAACGGCCUUUUGCCCCAACGGAUCCUCUGUUUUUGAAAACACAAAAUGUUCCAACGUUCAGCCCAGACAAACAGUCUUCUUCCAGGUCACGGUCGGCAUGACCUCUUGCCCUGCGGAUGGUACAGAUCAGGAGGUGUUGAUAAAUGUGAGGCCUGUCGGAUAUAAUGAGUCUGUUACCGUACGAGUCCAACAGGUGUGUGGGUGUAGCUGCAAGGAGAAGGGGCAUUGUCAUGACGACUUGAACCCCUCGCCUUGUUCUUCAGAGACGGGCAUGGGUUCAACUGAUGAGUGUAGAGAGGAAGCAAGCAAACCGGUCUGCAGUGGAAGAGGAACUUGUCGAUGUGGGACGUGUGUGUGUGAUUCUAGCAGAUUUGGAACCGUCUACGGAACAUUCUGUGAGAUGGACGACUUCUCGUGUCCGUACGAGAGAGGCCUAGUGUGUGGAGGGCACGGGCGAUGUGUUUCAGGUGAAUGUGUGUGUCUCCCCGGCUGGACUGGCGAGACCUGCGACUGUCCUGUCUCUACAGAAACCUGCGUAUCAGAGGAUGGAUUGAUUUGCAGUGGUCAAGGAAAGUGUGUGUGUGGCAAGUGUGUGUGUGACGAGCCCCAACGCUCUGGAACAUUCUGUGAGAAGUGUCCCAUCUGCUACAGUUCCUGCCAAUCUCACUGGAGUUGUGUGAAUUGUCAUCUGUCCAAUGGACUUGGAUCAGAUGGUUUUCAGCUUUGUAAUCACAGCUGCACCCCACUGGUGGACUAUGUCGAUGACAUCACAGAGUUGGUGAGAGGGAAGUACUGCCUGUAUCCCAGCACUGAUAAGUGUCAGUACCGCUUUCUCAUGGAUUUGGCAUCAGAUCGGCCUCAGCUGCACAUUAGCCGACAUCCUGUGUGUGUUUGGAGUCGCCAAUCCUUCAAGAUGUUCCUCAGUGUCUUCCUCCUGACAGUGAUGUUGGGUAUCUGCAUGCUGGCCGCAGUCAGACAACUACUGAGAACAAGAAACUGUUCAUGGCCGACAAACACCAACCAACAGUUUGAAGACAACCAUAAGGAUUCAGCAUAUGUCCCCACGACCAACGAGAAAACGAUAACAUACCGGAGGGACCGCCUCCCAAACCACCCGGUGGAAAUGCAGUCACACAUACCCAAGAUGCCACUGAAUGACGUCUGGCAGUGAAGGGGGUCAAAGGUCACUCCAGAAAUGCCUCCAAAACAGAAGCACUACCUAAAUGAAAUCGCAAUGUGUAUUUUUCUCGAUUUUCAAUGCACUUACUUUGCGAAAGCAAUAUCCUGUGUGGUUUUGUGAGGGCACUAUUCCACGUUGAGUUGUUUCACUCCGUUUUUUUUAUUUUUAUUUAUUAUGUAGAAUGGCAUUAUAUUUCUGUUGUCCUGACGCAAAUACAAAGGGGACGGUACAUAAACAUACAUAAAUACGUGAAUUCAACCUUACUGAUGUGUUUUAGACAUGUUCACCUCAAAUCACUCGGCCAGUUACCUCUAAUACUGUCUAUAUUUUAGAUUGUCUCUCUGGUUUUGCAGAGUUACUUAAUGUUUGUGUUUGGAUGUGAGAGUGUAUUUGUGAUAUUUUUAUUUGUUUUAUUUUUUACUUGACAAUACACUACAGACUGUCUAUGUUCGGAAUAGCAUACUUCCAUUCUACUCAUACUGGUUUUACAGUAUGUAUAGUGUACACAGAAAGCAGAUUUUCUGUAUACUUAAAAUACCAUUUCCAGUGUGACAAAUGAACCGGAAGUACUAUGAACCAUAAUUUUGUUUUUUAUUAAUUUUUUUUCUUUUUUUUUGUUUUUUCAUUAUUGGAUUGGACCAAAAUUGGGUUAUUUUUUAAAUAGUACACAGUAUGCAGUAUACUGUGUAGUAUAUAGUAAGCAGCAUGCUUGUUUUCCAUUCCGAACACAAACAUUUUUAUUUCUGAGAUAACUAAAUGCCACUCGCUGAAUUAAACAUGCAACAUAGCGAGGCGUUUAUUGCUGCAUACUCUUUUUAUAUACUGUUUAAAAAAAUAGUAGGCUGUAUACAGUGCAGGGUGCCUUAAGCAGGAUAGUAUUCCAUUUUCAGCCUAGCCUGUCCUGCUGACUGGUAUUAGUAUCCCACCUAGUGUUCGACACACUCAUAACAAUUCCUUUGUGUCUUUCUGUGUAGCAGUGGAAUUUUUUAAUGUAGUUUAUUUUGAAAAUGGCAUUCAGUCUUAUUGACUGUGAUUGAAGCACAGAUCUAAAUUCAGAUCUCAAAUACGAAUUAAAGGUACACUAAAUAAUUAUUUUUCAGCACUUUCCAUGCUCAAAUUAUGCUGCACAUGUACAUGCAUCCCUGAUAAAACUGGAGUUUUUAGGAAGUUUCUUCCAAGUAGUUUAGUGUAUGUUUCCGAUUUGUGCAUUGAGUUUUGUGUUAAUUAUUUGCCUGCUGGUCGGUAUUUAUAUCUGUUGUCAUGUACUACUGAGGCUCAGUUCUCUUCCAGCCCAAAAUACUGGACGACAAGCCCAAUGAUGCAGCAAGUAAUGGUACCAACAUGCGUGGUCACCAUAACAUUCCUGUGGCUAAAAAAAUCUAGUUUUAACACAGUGUUUACAUCAAGCAAACACUAAACAAAUAUUUAUUUUAAGUUCAUCUUUUAGCUUUUUCAAUUUUUUCAAUUUUUUAGAAAUAAAUGCUUUGUUGAAUAUUUUGUAUAGUGUGAACAACUCCUGGUAUAAAGCAAUAUGGUGGUAGCAUAUGUAGGUUGUGAAAUUGCACAGUUCUUACUGAUUGUAGUUUGUGUUUGUGAACGUACUUUGAAAAUCACAGUACAAGCCUCACACCAGCCCUUGAUGUUAUUAAUUUGAUAGUAUAAUAAAAAUCA